UUACCCAUUCCAAUCAGAACCAGAAUUCUGUACGGAUGUUGAAAUCAAUGGAUUUUUUUUCUUAAAAGAUUUUCGCUUUGUGAAUUGUAAUUGAAAUGAACGAAAGUUUUUAGCAUUAACUAAUUUUAUAAUUAUAAGGGAAUCCUUAUUUCAUACAACACAAUCCCAAUUAUUAGAAUCUUGCUCAUACGAGUGAUCAUCUAGGGUACAAAUUUUGAAAUGGAGGCAUAUGUCAUGGCUGCCACAAUCUCAUCAAUAAAUAUGAAUAAGAUCCAACGGCAUAAUGUCGGCAACAUCGAUAUGAUUUCCGACUUGCCCGAGGGCAUUCUUCUUCAUAUUCUUUCUUUUCUUCCUACCAAAGAUGCCGUAAGAACUUCCAUAUUAGCAAACAAGUGGAGGCACUUGUGGACUUACUUAACUGUCUUUCAUUUUAGAACUGGUCUAGAUGAGUCACAUCAUCAUAAUCCGAAAAACACUGCAAAUUCUCUCUUAGAUCUAGUUGGAAGACUACUUCACAAAUCUAAUCACGUAGAAAGGCUCGGCGUUCGAAUACUGGAAACUAAGGUUGAUACUGAGAAAGUUAGUUCUUUAGUAUCUUCUGCUGCGAAGCAUAGACUCCAAUAUCUCGAACUUUCUCUAGGUGAUCAAAGUGAUAAGUUUAUGUUACCACAUAGUUUCUCAGCUUUUGAGUCAUUGAAUGAACUACAUUUAGAGCUCAUGUUCACUCUACAUAUUCCUAGUGGUGUUUGUUUCCCUAAAUUGGAGAAAUUAGUAGUUUUAAAUGUUACCUUUUUAAAUGAGAGCUCAGUUCAACAACUUUUCUCUGGGUGCCCUGUGUUACAGGAGUUGGACUUAUAUAAUUGUUAUUGGAAGAACCUAAACCAUAUCAGUGUUGCAAUUUCCACAUUAAGGAGGUUGGAAAUCGAUUUUGACCUUUUUAGUGUAGAUUAUGAUCAUGAUAUGACAUUAACGAUUGAUGCUGUGAAUCUUUUAUCUUUAAGCUGCAUAUGCAAUCCACCGAUAGAAUUUAUCCCUGUUAACCUGACCUCCAUUGUUGAUGCUUUUAUUGAUCUUGGAUGUGAAGAUCCACCUAAUGAACCAUAUGCUGCUCAGUGUGCGUUUGAUCUAUUGAGUGGAGUUAGUAGUGUGAAGUCUCUCAGACUAUAUAAUAAUACACUUGAGUGUCUUUACCAUUCAAAGGAUACUAUUCAUCUCCUUCCUAUAUUUCACAAUUUGACAAUUCUUGAAGUGUUUUCUGGGAAUCCUGAGAACCCUAAUGAGGUACUAAUGGACAUUCUGCAAAAGACCCCUAAACUGGAAGUUCUUGAGAUUCCUGGGGUGGUACUUAACUACUUGGAUGGUGACUAUUUGAACUCAGUGCCUUGCUGUUUCAAGUCUUCUCUUAGUCGUUUAUGCUUAUUAAAUUUUUAUGGAAAUGAAUAUGAAAUCCAAUUCCUUACGUUUAUCUUACAAAAUGCCCCAUAUUUAGUGGAGAUCAAGAUACACUGUUCAAGACAGUUAUUUGCUGAUACGGAGAAGUUGACCAAUGUCUGUAACCAAUUGGAAGAUGUUGGCCUGGAAAGUUGUUUCAUCAAGUUUCUUCACAGCUACUAUGAAGACUCUGAUUGUGAAUCUGACUCUAAUGAUGAAUCUGAUGAGGAUGAAGCUGCAAAUUCUGGGAUUCUCCCUGCUGCAGAGGCACUUUGAAAGACUCAACGCAUCAAGGAUGAAGAUCUUCUUGAAGGUCAAGUUGUAAAAAGCCAAAAGUUUUGCUAUCUGUCUUCAAUGAUUUUCUGCUACUUAUGCAGCGAUUUUAAGCUCUGGAAUGGAUCAUUGUAAUCUCUGGAUAGUUAGGAAGAGAUUUCCCUGCUUCUGUUUCUAUAUUUUUAUCAAUAAUAUACCAGCAUUCCUACCAUUUUUAUUGUUUUCUGUUAUAUGAUAAUCAUGUAACUUUUAUUUAAAGUUUAUGUUUUUGUAAACUUAAUGUUAUUAUAAUAACUUAUCAUUAAGAUGUGA